AUACAGGAUCCUGAAUUAAAUGAAACAAAGGAAAUUACCAGCUUUCAUGACGACUUUAAAAAAAUUUGUUUAUUGUUACACCCCCACGUCUGGCAGAGUAAAUCGAAAUGUUCCUUCCUUCGCUUUCAGCAGGGCUAUUUUUAAUCGACAUUAAAAUGUAUGUUCCUUUCAAAUCACGCAUAAAAGGACGUUUAGGAGACGAAUUGUCAGUUUUUAAGAGUAGAGUUCAAUCUGUGACAAGCGCGGUUUUAGAACAAUCAGAGAUGCAUGAGAAAAGACUAAGUAAAGAUGAGCUUGAAGAUUUCACAGCGAUAUGGGAUGAGGCUCAGAACAAUCUACGACGGAACAAACCAACGAUCGUUAUAACAGAGUGUAAAAGCGUCGGCACUUCGCCGACUUUUUCCCACCGAAGCAGUAGUGCGUCGUCGGAAAGCAGCCAAUCAGACGAAGAGGUCGAAGCAGAAAUUUCUCUAAGAACCGACGAAGAAGAAUAUAAAAUGGGAAUGGGCAUUCUCAUCAGAACGAGAACCCUUGACGAGAAGGACGGUGGUGGCGACACAGAGAGCGUGACACUGAUACGAGUGACGAACGUUGAUGUUGGGUCAUUUGCUCACGGAUUUGGAGUCAAGAAAGGAGAUUUUAUUACCAAAAUCAACGGUCAGCAGUGUGGCAAAGAUGAUGUAGUCAUCAAAGAAGCAUUCUUGAGUUAUAGCAGUGAUCAACUCGAAAUGGAAAUUCUACGCAAUUUUAAAAACCGUGAUA